CCCAAGCUCCGCCCCUUCAACCAAGCGCACCCACCUUGCCUUCCAGCAGCAGCAGCAGCAGCAGCAUUAGAGCGGUGCGCCAGGCUCCGGAGAACGGACUGGAGGGACGUGCAGCUGGGGGAACAAGCAAGACUUUGGUGCGGUUGGGACUUCUCCAUCGUUGUUUCGUCUGAGGAAAAGCGACUGAAGAUCGUCCCACGACUGGGCACUACUGUUGAUUUUGUCAAUCCUGCAAAGCAAACUCCUUCACCACCAAACCUGGGAGUAACGCACCGGUGGCUGUAGUGGCGUUGGUGGAGAGGAGAGGUGAGGAGGGGAGAGGGAGAAAGAUGCAGCUCCAGUUCGACUCCCAGCGCCUCUCAGCCCGCCUGCUCCGCUGCUGAUGCCCGUCGUGCGGGGAUCACCGCCCAACAGCAGCAGCAGGAGAACUAGCAGAAGGAAGAAGAGGAGGGGGAGUAAGUCGAGGAGGGCAACGGGGCAUCAGAGACCGCUGGGGACGAUGAUGAUGGUAUGGUCGGGAUCAUGGCCAACGGAACCGGUACCAUAAUGUUAAAAUGCGUCGUGGUCGGAGACGGUGCAGUGGGGAAGACCUGCCUUCUGAUGAGCUAUGCCAAUGACGCCUUCCCUGAGGAGUAUGUGCCCACAGUCUUUGACCAUUAUGCAGUGAGCGUCAACGUGGGUGGAAAACAGUACCUGUUGGGACUGUAUGACACAGCUGGUCAGGAGGACUACGACCGCCUGCGGCCUCUGUCCUAUCCAAUGACUGAUGUCUUCCUCAUCUGCUUCUCCGUGGUUAACCCUGCCAGUUUCCAGAAUGUGCGAGAGGAAUGGGUGCCCGAGUUGCAGGAAUAUGCACCCAGCGUUCCUUACCUACUCAUUGGCACCCAGAUUGACCUUCGUGAUGAUCCCAAGACAAUUGCCAAACUGAAUGACAUGAAGGAGAAGCCAAUAGCUACAGAGCAAGGACAGAAACUGGCUAAAGAGAUUGGUGCCUGCUGUUAUGUGGAAUGUUCAGCGUUGACCCAGAAAGGCCUGAAGACGGUGUUUGAUGAAGCCAUCAUCGCCAUCCUCACUCCUAAGAGAAAGAAGGGAACCUUAAAGAGAAGACUGGGACCUCGCUGCAUUAACUGCUGUCUGAUCACGUGAUACAUGAAGCCCCCCUCCACCUCCUCCUCCUGCCCCUAGAUCUCUCAGCAGCCGAGCAUAGACUAAACCUGAACUGAAGUGAGAAAGACAGACCACACAGACAGCAGAUUUAGACAAAUAUGAAAGUGAAACAGGCAAAACAGGAGCGACCUUCACGCUGCAGCGCUCCUGGAGGGUCAUUAGUUCAUCUCUGGCUGCCUGUCACUGGGGUUAAGGAUGUAGUCUACUACCAAAGGAGCACAAAACCCAAGUCAGUCUGUUCUUCUUAAAGGUUUUUUGCCUGAAGAGUACCUACUUUUAUAGCAAUUUUUAAAACAUUUUCUGGAACAAAAUUAUUUUAUGCUCUUACAGAAAAGAAAUAUGCUACAUUAUUGGAGUUCCUAUGAUUUCUUUGGUUUUGAAGAAGGACGUUGUAUUGAUCUGUGUCCAAAUCAUGGGGAAACACAACAGCAGCUAGUUAUAAACCAGUUGCUGAUCAGAUGUGACACUGUGACGGUGCCCAGGAUGUAUCUCUGCAGAUACGGGCCCAGGUUUUUCUCAUUUAUAUUCUGCUUUAAAAAUAUAUAUAUACUGUUGACCUACAGGCUCUGUUUCUUAAGAUGAACUCACGUGCCAAGCUCUGCGUUGUGGGAAAAAAAAAAAUCAAAAACACUCAGAGAAUCAGAUGAGAGAUGUUGGACCCAGAGCUCAAUUAUUUUUAAGUUUGAGAGUCUUGUAUGUUUUUUGCCUUAUGAAAAAUUCAUCCUUUUAUAUUGUGGCAUGCCAAAACAAACUGUAAUAUACCUGGAGCUGGGAGCCUGGUGAGAAACUGAAGAGGUUUAUUAUCCAUUUUUAAAAUGUAUUUUAUCCAGAGUUUAUGCUUUCCAUAUCUCCAAUAUAGAGCUCAUCCAGACUGUGCAAAUAUUAUUUUGUCUACCGAUAGUUCACCUAUUAGUUUUUUAAACAUGCAUAAUUCUUUUAUCACAUUUAAGAAUGUUUAAAGAAUUGAAAAAUGUUAAGCUGAAACACAUGUCCAAAGAAUCGCCUUAUCAUCCGAAUCAGGCGGCUGAGUCGACCCGAGACUGUACGCGUUUCUAAUGCACAACAUGAAGCACAGUAACGUCACUUCUGUUUUACACCACUCAAAAAGCACAUUUCUCUUCUGCAUUACAAAUGCCUCUCCUGGGGGAAAAAAAGCACAGAAAUGCACACUGGUCCAUUUGGCACAAGUUUCCAACACAGCACACUGAGUGUUGUUUUCUCUGUGAUCCAAGGCAGCCUGACCUUGUACCCACCAAAUGUAACCUUUUCAGAAAAUAUCAGAAACUUAUUUUGAACAAUUAUUGGAAGGCACAAAAAGGAGUUUGAGUCAUUUGCACCAGCUGUUUGUCAAAUCUGAAUUUACAUUGACUUUAAGUUGUGGACAUUUACUCAUUAGUAUAGCGUACAGUAGGACCUGCAUUUAAAGGAAUAGUUCACCUGAGUUUUUCACUGUGAUUCUCGUCUUGAGUGACAAGAUGUGAAGAAAAUGACCUGACACUGAGAGUGUAAUCUGAAAUAAACUGCACAAAAAUUUGAAUAACCAUACACAUUUUCCCAAGGCCAGACUCUUAAAUGUGAGGCCAACCUAUGAGGAGAUGGUGGAAUCCAGUUUGCAGUAAUCCUAAUCUGAAGUUAAAAGAAUAUUUGUAGGAAGUAUUGGGGUAAUAGUACUUUCACAAAGUUCGUGGUUACAGCUCUUAGUAACAGGGUGUGAAAUAUAGAUCAUCAACUGGUGGCCCCUGUGCCAAAUCUGGCCCAAAGAACCAUCCAAUCCACCCCACUACUGGAUACAUCAAAUAAUAGUGUUAGGCAGAAAUGGGAUUUUUAUUUCAUUUAUUUGAGUGUCCGACCCCUCAGGUGUCUGUCGUGAAAAAUUCUGCCCCUCCAACAAAUAUAGUUGGUGACCCGUGCUGCAAUGCGGCAUAAGUUUCAGCUAUUCACGUCUGUCAAACUGAAAAUAACUCAAUUUCCUUCAGUCCACACAUCUAAACGUCAUAUCUCUUUUCUUUGUGCAUUACCCUUUUAAAACACUGAGAACUGAGUGGCGGGCCAACUUGUAAAUGAUCAUUUCCUGUUUGAAGUUUAGACAUGAUGAAUGAUUAAAAGCUUUAAUGUCAAUGGUGCUCCUCCUCUGUGUUCCAGCCUGCUGUGUACGUGUGUAAUGGUUCUUUUCUGAGCUGAACAGUGCAUCGCAGAGAGAAUGGCCUUCUCUUUACAACAGUCUUUGCUCGCUUCUGUUUUGUGAACGUCCACCCUCAGGAUCCAGGACUGAUGUGCUGCAGUCUCAGAUGCAUUUUACCGGUUUAUGCUACUCUCUUCUUAAUAAAUGUGAUAACUGUGUUAAAA